AUGGGCCGCUACCGCAUCCGCGUGGCCACUGGGGCCUGGCUCUUCUCCGGGACGCUCAACACUGUGCACCUGUGGCUGGUCGGCGCGCGCGGAGAGGCCGACCUGGAGCUACAGCUGCGUCCGAUGCGCGGCGAGGAGGAGGAGUUUGAGCACGACGUGCCUGAAGACCUGGGGCCCCUGCAGUUCGUGAAAUUGCGCAAACACCACUCCCUAGUGGACGACGCGUGGUUCUGCGACCGCAUCACCGUGCAGGGCCCGGAGGCCAGCAGCGCAGAAGCCGCCUUCCCUUGCUACCGCUGGGUGCGCGGCCAGGGCACCCUGAGUCUUCCGGAGGGCAGCGCACGCCUGGCAGUUGACAAUGCCUUGGACAUAUUCCAGAAGCAUCGAAAGAAAGAACUGGAAGAAAGACAGCAGAUGUACCGCUGGGCCACCUGGAAGGAGAGAUUGCCCCUGACCAUAGCUGCAGACUCUCAGAAUGACCUGCCUCUCAAUGUGAGGUUCCGUGAGGAGAAGAGGCUGGACUUUGAAUGGACACUGAAGGCAGGGGUCCUGGAGAUUGCUCUCAAGCAUGUCUAUACCUUCCUAAACACUUGGAGCCACCUGGAGGAUUUCAAACAGAUCUUCUGGGGUCAGAAGAGUGCACUGGCUGAAAAGGUUCACCAGUGCUGGCAGGAUGAUGAGUUUUUUGGCUACCAGUUCCUCAAUGGUGCCAACCCCAUGUUGCUGAGACGCUGCACAUCUCUGCCCGCCCGUCUAGAGCUGCCCUCAGGGACAGAGGAGCUUCGCGCCCAGCUGAAUGAAGAACUCCAGAAUAAUUCUCUAUUUGAGGCUGACUUUAUCCUGCUAGAUGGGAUUCCAGCCAACGUGAUCCGAGGAAAGCAGCAGUACCUGGCUGCCCCCCUUGUCAUGCUAAAGAUGGAGCCCAACGGGAAGCUGCAACCAAUGGUCAUCCAGCUCCAGCCUCCCAAUUCCAGCUCUCCUGCUCCACCACUCUUCCUGCCCUCAGAUCCUCCACUUGCCUGGCUCCUCGCAAAGGUCUGGGUCCGAAAUUCAGAUUUCCAACUGCACCAGCUCCAGUAUCAUUUGCUCAACACUCAUCUGGUGGCUGAAGUCAUUGCUGUUGCCACCAUGAGGUGCCUCCCAGAACUGCACCCUCUCUUCAAGUUCCUGGUCCCCCACAUGCGCUACACCAUGGAAAUCAAUACUCGGGCCCGGAACCAACUCAUCUCAGAAGGAGGCAUAUUUGAUAAGGCCGUGAGCACAGGAGGAGGCGGCCAUGUGAUCUUGCUCCAGAGAGCAAUGGAGCAGCUGACCUACCGCUCACUCUGCACUCCUGACAACCUGGCCGACCGGGGCCUGCUGGGACUCCCAAGUGCCCUCUACGCCCAGGACGCUUUACGGCUCUGGGAGAUCACUGCCCGGUACGUGGAGGGGAUUGUCUACCUCUUCUACCAAAGGGAUGAUGUCGUAAGAGGGGACCCUGAGCUGCAAGCCUGGUGUCGGGAGAUCACCGAGGUGGGGCUGUGUCAGGCCCAGAACCGAGGUUUCCCCAUUUCCUUCCAGUCACGGGCUCAGCUCUGCUAUUUCCUCACCAUGUGUGUAUUCACAUGCACUGCCCAGCAUGCAGCUAUCAACCAGGGACAGAUAGACUGGUAUGCCUGGGUCCCUAAUGGCCCGUGCACGAUGAGGAUGCCCCCACCCACCACCAAGGAAGAUAUAACGAUGGCCACAGUGAUGGAGUCACUACCUGAUGUCCAGCAGGCUAGUCUUCAAAUGACUAUCACAUGGCAUCUGGGCCGAAAGCAGCCAGAUAUGGUGCCUCUGGGGCAUCACAAGGAAAAAUACUUCUCAAACCCCAAAGCCAAGGCUGUGCUAGACCAAUUCCAAACAGAUCUGGAAAACCUGGAAAAGGAGAUUACCACCCGGAAUAAGCAACUUAACCUACCCUAUGAAUACCUGAAACCCAGCCACAUAGAGAACAGCGUCACCAUCUGA